AUGGAUCGAUUUUCACGUCUCGGCUCGUCGAAAUCGAGCUGUAUCAUUUUUGCUGCAGUCUUGAUGAGCUUCUUCUCAAUCUCGAGUGUUGCUGCAGAUUAUUCCGGAUUUAGUAACGCGCAAUGCAACACUGAUCUGACUUCGUUUAUUCCUUUUCCGUACAGCAAUUUACCCGAUAUGGUCUGCAAACCACUCUGGAACUCGUAUCUGUUGAGGUAUUCCCAAUCGAAAAACAACGAGAUCACGAUUGUGCUUUCGACCAUAUACACAACUGGUUGGGUUGGGAUCGGAUUUUCAAGAGACGGCCGAAUGAUCAACUCGAGCUGCAUGGUCGGGUGGAUAAACUCGGAAGGCCAUGGAAAAAUAAGACAGUUUUAUGUGAAAGGGUUUAAACCUUCGGAAAUAAAAUCCGGUGAAGGAGAGCUGCCAUUGACGAAUGCUCCACCAUAUGUAGCUUUACAAGGUCCCUCGAUUUACUUGGCAUUUCAGCUGAAAUUUAACAAAACUCUCAAAACUCAGCCGAUUUUGUUGGCGUUCAGCACGAAAACUCCGCACCACCACCAUCUUACCGUUCACGACGACAAAACGACCAUUUAUUUUGAUUUUUCUUCAGGUAAAACCGAUACAAGUGCUGAUGAUUAUUUGUCUCCAAGCCUUUUCAAGAACCGGAAAACUCACGGGACGCUGGCUCUACUCGCAUGGGGUCUUUUCCUUCCAUUAGGAGCAAUUAUAGCAAGACACCUCAAACACAAAGAUCCACUUUGGUAUUACCUUCACGUGGGAUUUCAAUUCAUCGGUUUAUUGCUAGGAGUUGCUGCUUUAGUUGUCGGGCUAUCACUCGAUCACAAGCUUCACGCUUUCAUCCGGGCCCACAAAGGCAUCGGCAUUUUCGUAUUCGUACUCACCAUUCUCCAGGUGUUUGCUUUUAUCACGCGGCCUAGCACGGACAGCAAAUACCGGAGAUACUGGAAUUGCUACCACAGCUGGUCCGGGAGGCUCUGCCUUUUCUUUGCAGCCGUGAAUAUAAUACUCGGGAUGCACGUGGCUCGUGCAGGGGAAUCUUGGAAAAUAGGCUACGGAUUUCUUCUCGGCAUAACCUUGGUUUCGGUUGUAAUUCUCGAAGCAUUAUGGAGAGUGAGAAAAAAAGAGGAGUAUCACAGAAGCCACACUACUCCCUUCUCAAUCGAGUCGGUUGAGAAGGAAAUAUCCCUUUAA